UGACAUAUUUUGUUUGGCCCCAAAGCAGUUUGUGGCUUUAACUUUGCGAUGAUGAUGGGAAGGUCUUAUUUACUGCCCAAGUGGUUUAUGUUUUUCAAUUUCACUGCAUGGUGGCGUUCUUGGGUACUGUUCACAUUUUCAGCCUUGAUAUUAUUGUUGUUAGGAUAGAAUUUUCUUUUCCUGUGCUUUCUCUCUCUCUCUCUCUCUCAUUUUUCAAUGGUGUCAUUAGACUAUUUUAUAGAGAUUUUUGGUCCAUCUCAAUUUGCAGUAUAUUCUACUUGAAAACGGCUGUUUUAUCGGACACUGGCCGGCUCGUGGGUCACACAAUGGAAACAAAACUAUAGCUAUCGACUGUUAUUUCCGGGAUAUUAAUGUAUACGAGUGGGACCAACGAUGCUCUCAGCUUAC